AUGCAAGAGGCUAAACGUAAUUAAAUUUGCAGGAUGAAAAGAUGGCACAGGCAUUGCUGGUACCACCAGGACCUGACAGCUUCUGCUAUUUUACUAGAGAAUCUCUCGCAGCUAUUGAAAAGCAUGCCGCAGAAGAAAAAGCUAAAAAACCCAAACAAGAUCAUACAGACAACGAUGAUGAAGAUGGCCCAAAGCCAAAUAGUGACUUGGAGGCAGGAAAGUCACUGCCAUUUAUUUAUGGGGACAUACCUCCUGGAAUGGUGUCCGAGCCCUUGGAGGACCUGGACCCAUAUUAUAUCAAUAAAAAAACUUUCAUAGUACUGAAUAAAGGAAAGACAAUUUUCCGAUUCAGUGCCACAUCUGCCUUGUACAUUUUAACUCCUGUCAACCCCGUUAGAAAAAUUGCUAUUAAGAUUUUGGUACAUUCAUUGUUCAGCAUGCUUAUUAUGUGCACUAUUUUGACCAACUGUGUAUUUAUGACCAUGAGUAACCCUCCGGAGUGGACAAAGAAUGUAGAGUACACAUUCACUGGAAUUUAUACCUUUGAAUCGCUUAUAAAAAUUCUUGCAAGGGGCUUCUGUUUAGAAGGUUUUACUUUCCUUCGUGACCCAUGGAAUUGGCUUGACUUCAGUGUCAUUUUGAUGGCAUAUGUGACAGAGUUUGUGGACCUGGGUAAUGUCUCAGCGUUGAGAACGUUCAGAGUUCUCCGAGCAUUGAAAACAAUAUCAGUCAUUCCAGGCUUGAAGACUAUUGUAGGAGCCCUAAUUCAGUCUGUGAAGAAGCUCUCAGAUGUAAUGAUCCUGACUGUGUUUUGUCUGAGUGUAUUUGCACUAAUAGGGCUGCAGCUGUUCAUGGGCAACUUGAGGCAUAAAUGCUUGCAGUGGCCUCCAGACAAUUCCACUUUUGAAGUAAACAUUACUUCCUACUUGAAUAGCACAAUGGACGUAAAUGGUACCUUUGUUAAUACAACUGUGAGCACGUUUAACUGGAAGGAGUACAUUGAGGAUGAAACUCAUUUUUACGUUUUGGAAGGACAAAGAGAUGCCCUACUUUGUGGUAAUAGCUCUGAUGCAGGUCAAUGUCCAGAAGGAUAUAUGUGUGUGAAAGCUGGUAGAAAUCCCAACUAUGGCUACACGAGCUUUGACACAUUCAGCUGGGCAUUCUUGUCACUCUUUCGGCUGAUGACUCAGGACUUCUGGGAAAAUCUUUAUCAGUUGACGCUACGAGCUGCUGGAAAAACAUACAUGAUAUUUUUUGUUCUGGUGAUUUUUUUGGGCUCUUUCUAUCUGGUGAAUUUGAUCCUGGCUGUGGUUGCCAUGGCCUAUGAAGAACAGAAUCAAGCAACACUGGAAGAAGCAGAGCAGAAAGAGGCAGAAUUUCAGCAGAUGCUUGAACAGCUAAAAAAGCAACAAGAAGAAGCUCAGGCAACAGCAGCAGUAGCAGCAGCAUCUGUUGCGUCAAGAGAUUUGAGUGGAGUAGGGGGACUAGGGGAGCUCUUGGAAAGUUCCUCAGAAGCAUCAAAGUUGAGCUCAAAGAGUGCUAAAGAAAGGAGAAACAGAAGGAAGAAAAGAAGACAGAAGGAACUGUCUGAAGCAGAGGACAAGGGAGAUGUUGAAAGGUUCCCCAAAUCUGAAUCAGAGGACAGUAUCAGAAGGAAAAGUUUCCGAUUCUCGAUGGAAGCGAAUCGACUGACAUAUGAAAAGAGGUUCACUUCCCCGCACCAGUCUUUGCUGAGUAUUCGUGGCUCCCUGUUUUCCCCAAGGCGCAACAGCAGAACGAGCAUUUUCAGCUUCAGAGGUCGAGCAAAAGAUAUAGGAUCAGAAAAUGACUUCGCUGAUGAUGAGCACAGCACUCUUGAAGACAACGAGAGCAGAAGAGAGUCUUUCUUUGGUCCAAACAGACAUGGUGAAAGACGCAACAGUAACAUUAGUGAAGCCAGUACGUCAUCCAGGAUGGUACCAGCGCUUCCACCAAAUGGGAAGAUGCACAGCACUGUAGAUUGCAAUGGGGUGGUUUCUUUGGUUGGAGGUCCUUCAGCACUCAAUUCGCCUACUGGACAACUUCUCCCAGAGGUGAUCAUAGACAAACCACUGAUCAUAGUAACUUCACUGUCAUAUAAUCAGGGCACCACUACAGAAACAGAAAUAAGAAAAAGAAGAUUGAGUUCUUAUCAAAUUUCCAUGGAAAUGUUGGAAGAUUCUGCUGCAAGACAAAGAGCAAUGAGUAUAGCCAGCAUACUCACAAACACAAUGGAAGAACUUGAAGAAUCCAGACAAAAAUGUCCACCAUGCUGGUACAGAUUUGCAAACACUUUCUUGAUCUGGGACUGCUGGAGCCCAUGGUUAAAAGUAAAACAUAUAGUCAAUUUGGUUGUGAUGGAUCCAUUUGUUGAUCUUGCUAUUACUAUCUGCAUUGUUCUAAACACAUUGUUUAUGGCCAUGGAACACUACCCAAUGACAGAACAGUUCAGCAGUGUGCUUACUGUGGGAAACCUGGUAUUUACUGGGAUCUUCACAGCAGAAAUGGUUUUAAAGAUAAUUGCCAUGGAUCCUUAUUAUUAUUUCCAAGAAGGCUGGAAUAUUUUUGAUGGUAUUAUUGUCAGCCUUAGUUUAAUGGAACUUGGUCUUGCAAAUGUUGAAGGAUUAUCAGUUCUCCGAUCAUUCAGAUUGCUCCGAGUUUUCAAGUUGGCAAAAUCUUGGCCAACACUGAAUAUGUUGAUAAAGAUUAUUGGUAACUCAGUGGGGGCUUUGGGAAAUUUGACAUUGGUGCUGGCUAUCAUUGUCUUCAUUUUCGCUGUGGUUGGUAUGCAGCUGUUUGGUAAAAGUUACAAAGACUGUGUCUGCAAGAUUGCUACAGACUGCGUACUUCCACGCUGGCACAUGCAUGACUUUUUCCACUCUUUCUUGAUUGUAUUCCGAGUGUUGUGUGGAGAAUGGAUAGAGACUAUGUGGGACUGUAUGGAGGUUGCCGGCCAAGCCAUGUGCCUUAUUGUUUUCAUGCUGGUCAUGGUCAUUGGAAACCUUGUGGUAUUGAACCUGUUUCUGGCCUUGCUACUGAGUUCAUUUAGUUCAGAUAACCUUGCUGCUACAGAUGAUGAUAAUGAAACGAACAAUCUCCAGAUUGCCGUUGCAAGGAUUCAGAAGGGAAUAGAUUAUGUGAAAAAAAAAUUACGGGAAUUCGUCCAAAAAGCCUUUGUUAGAAAGCAAAAAGCACUAGAGGAAAUCAAAGCACUUGAAGAUCUAAACAACAAGAAAGACAGCUGCAUUUCCAACCAUACUGUUGUUGAAAUAAGCAAAGAUCUUAAUUGUCUUAGAGAUGGGAAUGGAACUACCAGUGGUGUAGGAACAGGCAGCAGUGUGGAAAAAUACGUAAUUGAUGAAAAUGAUUAUAUGUCAUUCAUAAACAAUCCGGGCCUUACUGUGACAGUACCUAUUGCUAUUGGAGAAUCAGAUUUUGAAAAUUUAAACACAGAAGAGUUUAGCAGUGAGUCGGAUAUGGAAGAAAGCAAAGAGAAGCUAAAUGCAUCCAGCUCAUCUGAAGGCAGCACAGUUGAUAUUGCCCCUCCUGGAGAGGGCGAACAAGCUGAGAUUGAACCUGAAGAAGCUCUUGAACCAAUAGCCUGUUUUACAGAAGGUUGUGUGCAGAAGUUCACAUGUUGUCAAGUAAGUAUAGAAGAUGGCAAAGGCAAAAUCUGGUGGAAUCUUAGGAAAACCUGCUACAGCAUAGUUGAACACAACUGGUUUGAGACAUUCAUUGUCUUCAUGAUUCUUCUGAGCAGUGGCGCUCUGGCUUUUGAAGACAUAUAUAUAGAGCAGCGCAAGACUAUCAAGACCAUGCUGGAAUAUGCUGACAAGGUUUUCACAUACAUCUUCAUUCUGGAAAUGCUUUUGAAAUGGGUUGCCUAUGGUUUUCAAAUGUAUUUCACUAAUGCCUGGUGCUGGCUGGACUUCUUGAUUGUUGAUGUGUCAUUGGUUAGUCUAAUAGCCAAUGCCUUGGGCUAUUCCGAACUUGGUGCCAUUAAAUCGCUUAGGACACUAAGAGCUUUGAGACCUCUAAGAGCCUUGUCACGAUUUGAAGGGAUGAGGGUGGUUGUUAAUGCCCUGAUAGGAGCAAUUCCAUCCAUCAUGAAUGUGCUACUGGUUUGUCUGAUAUUCUGGCUAAUCUUCAGCAUCAUGGGAGUAAAUCUGUUUGCUGGCAAGUUCUACCACUGUGUUAACACAACAACUGGUGAGAUGUUUGAUAUCAGCGAUGUUGACAAUUAUACUCAGUGCGAGGACCUCAUAAAAAAGAAUGAAAGUGCCCGAUGGAAAAAUGUGAAAGUAAACUUCGAUAAUGUAGGCGCUGGGUAUCUUGCACUGCUUCAAGUAGCUACAUUUAAAGGAUGGAUGGAUAUUAUGUAUGCAGCUGUUGAUUCACGAGAUCUAUUAGAUCAGCCUAAGUAUGAGGACAACCUGUACAUGUAUCUUUACUUUGUCAUCUUUAUCAUCUUUGGAUCAUUCUUCACCUUGAACCUUUUCAUUGGUGUCAUCAUAGACAACUUCAAUCAACAAAAAAAGAAGUUUGGAGGUCAAGACAUAUUUAUGACAGAAGAACAGAAGAAAUAUUACAAUGCAAUGAAAAAACUGGGGUCCAAGAAACCACAAAAACCUAUACCUAGGCCAGCGAACAAAUUCCAAGGCAUGGUCUUUGAUUUUGUAACAAAACAAGUAUUUGACAUCAGCAUCAUGAUUCUUAUCUGCCUUAACAUGGUCACCAUGAUGAUAGAAACAGAUGACCAGAGUGAUGAGAUGGAAACUAUUUUACACAGGAUAAACCUGGUAUUCAUUGUCCUUUUCACUGGAGAAUGUGUCCUGAAAUUGAUUUCACUCCGUUAUUACUACUUCACCAUAGGCUGGAACAUUUUUGAUUUUGUGGUUGUCAUUCUCUCCAUUGUGGGUAUGUUUCUAGCUAAGGUGAUUGAAAAAUAUUUUGUGUCCCCCACCUUGUUCAGAGUUAUCCGACUCGCCAGAAUUGGCCGAAUCCUACGUCUCAUUAAGGGUGCUAAAGGGAUCCGUACUUUGCUUUUUGCUUUGAUGAUGUCUCUUCCUGCUUUGUUUAACAUUGGUCUCCUGCUUUUCCUGGUCAUGUUUAUCUAUGCUAUAUUUGGAAUGUCCAACUUUGCCUACGUUAAGAGGGAAGUUGGGAUUGAUGACAUGUUCAACUUUGAAACUUUUGGCAACAGCAUGAUCUGCCUAUUUCAAAUUACCACAUCAGCUGGUUGGGAUGGUUUGUUAGCACCAAUUCUUAACAGUGGAGAACCAGACUGUGACCCUUACAAAGAUCACCCCGGAAGCUCGGUUAAAGGAGACUGUGGUAACCCUUCAGUUGGGAUUUUCUUUUUUGUCAGUUAUAUUAUCAUCUCAUUUCUAGUUGUAGUAAACAUGUAUAUUGCUGUUAUUUUGGAGAACUUCAGUGUUGCUACAGAAGAAAGUGCCGAGCCCUUGAGUGAGGAUGACUUUGAGAUGUUCUAUGAGGUUUGGGAAAAGUUUGAUCCAGAUGCAACCCAGUUCAUAGAAUACAGUAAACUGUCUGAUUUUGCAGCUUCACUGGAUCCUCCUCUUCUUAUAGCAAAACCAAACAAAGUUCAGCUUAUUGCAAUGGAUCUGCCCAUGGUAAGUGGUGACAGAAUUCACUGCCUUGACAUCUUGUUUGCUUUUACAAAGCGUGUUUUGGGGGAAAGUGAUGAGAUGGAUGCACUUCGAAUACAGAUGGAAGACCGGUUUAUGGCAGCCAAUCCGUCUAAAGUCUCCUAUGAGCCAAUUACAACUACAUUAAAAAGAAAACAAGAGGAGGUAUCUGCUACUGUUAUUCAGCGUGCUUACAGAUGUUACAUUUUAAAGCAAAAAGUUAAAAAAGUCUCCUGUAUGUAUAACAAAGAUAAAACCCAAGGGGAUGGCCUACCUGUCAAAGAUAUGAUUAUUGAUAAACUCAAUGAAAAUUCCACUCCAGAGAAAACAUAUGAGAGCUCCUCUACAACCUCCCCACCUUCCUAUGAUAGUGUUACAAAGCCAGACAAAGAGAAAUAUGAAAAAGAUAAAGUAGAAAAAGACUAUAAAGGUGAAAAUGUUAGGGAAAGUAAAAAAUAAAAAACUAAGAAUUCUGUUUGUGUGACAAAUUGUUUACAGCCUUUAAAAGAUGUAUUCGUGUCAACAGGACUCCUGAAGGAGGUUUAUGCCAAACUGACAGCUUUUACAUAUAUAUAUGUAUAUACAUAUUAUACAUAUAUAUAUAUAUAUAUAUAUACACUCACAGUCAGUGCCUAUAACAAGACAGUGAUCUCUCGUCAUCAACCUGUGACUCUGUAAAACAGGGUAACAACCUUGACAAGAGGUUACUGUUUUCAUUACAGCUGACACUGCUGAAGAGGAGACAUACAGUGGCUACAGUCUGUAGGGACCAUGAAAGGCGUGCAAAGCUAUAAUUUUUGUGGGUUUUAACAUACUGCAAAAUAUUUAGUACAGUAACUGUAUCCACUGUUUGUAAUUCAACUGCCACAUUUGCCAUAUUUUUACAAAAUUGGUUUUGGUGAAUUUAUUGUUUUUUUUAAUUCACAGGUUGUUUACUAUUAUAUGUGACUAUUUUUGUAAAUGGGUUUUAUGUUGGGGAAGAGGGUUCGAGGACCAGGUGUUCUGCUCUCUAAUUCUCUAUAAUGUACAGACAGCAGUGAUUUGCAUGAAGGCAUGCUGCACUUAUAGAUCACGCAUGGAAAAAAAUGACAUCAGACAAAGUAACAGAGUUUUAAUUACUUCCACUUUUCAGGGUGGCUCUAAAAUUUGAGGUGUUUUAACUAUUUGUGUUGUCGCAUCCAGACAAAUCUUUAUGUGCCUGCAAAGUCUCCUGUAAUUUACAAGAAUUUAAAAAUGGAUUAUUUUUAUGCAAGUUGUUAAAUAUCAGCAAGUGCAAACUUCAUCCCAAGUUCCAGUCACAUAGUCUUUGUUUUUGUUAAAUGUUCCACAGGAAAAAAAUAUAUGGAACCUGCCCUUGAAAAGUGACUUCAUCAAAACAAGUCACUUGUUUAGAAAUUCUACUUUAUCCUGAGGUAUUGUUUCGUAUGUUCUUCUCUCAGUUAGACUGACAUCUAAUAGGUCAAUAAAAUGCCCUCUGUUAUGUAAAUACUUAUUUUACACUGUUGUGCAUAUUUGAGCAUACAAAUAAGUGAUCAUGCCACAGUACUUUGUAUCAAAUAAGUGCCACAGUAUAUUUAGUUUGCAAGCUUUCAACAGGUAAUCUCUUGUAUUCUGUACCAUUAUAGAUCGUUUGGAGGGUAUCACUGAUGCAUGUUAAUAUUGCCUUUGCUGCUGUAUUUUGCUCCAUCUACUGUUCAGAGUUCUUCACUGUAGGAAGCCAUAUAUCAGUGGUAAAGUGAAUUAAAUUGUUCAACCAGACCUCAUUCCUUCAUAUCAUUAAGCAAUAGUUUGCAGUUAUUUACCAGCUUCUUUAGUUUUGCAUUUUAAAUGGUUACUAUUUGGUGUAAAGCCAGACUGUAUAGGACCUACUACAAACUGUUUAACCUGUUGAAAAUGUGGUUAGCAUAUAUAAAUAAUGUAAAAAUAAAUCAUAUUACUUGGCAGCAUUUUUGUACAUAAGAAAACUGUCAUCAGCUUCAUGUAAUUGUUUCUUAAGUUGUUUUCCACAGUCACUUGUUUAUUUUCUAUCCAUGGUAACUUUCAAUGGAGAACUUCACAAUGAAAGAAAUAAAGAAAAUAGUGAGUAUUUGUAGGCUACUUUGUUUUAAUAUUGCAAACAUUUCAAUGUGAAAUAUUUUGUGUAAAAAUGGAAACCAAGUUUAUUUGGUUCCAAAUAGUUAUGGCUAGUAAGUGGAAGUGGCAGGGGGAUGUUUGAAUUUCUAGCACUGCUUGCAUCAGAAGUUUUGAGAUAGUCUUAUUGUUCAUGGAAUCCUUGCUAUUUUUCCAGUGUUUGUUUACAUAGAUCAGGGGUCGGCAACCUGAGGCAUGCGAGCUGAUUUUUAGUGGCACUCUGCUGUCAGCCAGCAUGCCGGCCGCCAGCCCUGCUCAGCCUGAUGCCUGCCUGGAUGAACGGAAACCUCGGCCAGCAGCAGGCUAAGCGGAGCUGGCGGCCGGGACCCCGGCUGGCAGGAGCCAGUGGCCAGAACCCCAGACCAGCAUCGGGUUGAGCCGCUCAGCCCACUGCCACUCUGGGGUUCCGUCUGCCGGCCCCACUCAGCCCACUGAUGGUCUGGGAUUCUGGCCACCAGCCCCCUGCCAGCCGGGGUCCUGGCCACCGGCCCCACUCAGCCCGCUGCCAGCCUGGGAUAUCAGCCACCGGCCCCCCUCACCUCGCUGCACUAUUAUUUACUUUACAUACAAUAAUAGUUUAGUUAUAUAAUAUAGACUUAUAGAGAGAGACCUUCUAAAAACAUUAAAAUGCAUUACUGGCAUGCAAAACCUUAAAUUACAGUGAAUAAAUGAAGACUUAGCACCCCACUUCUGAAUGGUUGCUGACCCUGACACAGAUUAUACUUAAUCUUUUUGAUUCAUGCUGUGCUAGAACUCUUCUAAAUACAAUAUGGGACCCACAAUAUUUUCCAGGAAUAAAAUGGCACACGUGUAUAAUCUAGAUCAGGACAUUUUGUGUUUCAUACACAAGCUAAAGUUAAAGGUAGACUCUUUUACUAAAGCUUUUGACUUGUAAUGUGUUGGUGAACUGCAUGCAGGAAAUUGCUGUUACCAUGAAGAACGUAAACUACAUUAUAAU